AUGCAUUCUUUUGACAUUUCUAACUUUUGGUUGACAUAUUUACCGCCUUGGCCGCUAAGUGCUCCUACUCAACCCUUAACUAUAAUCAUUCCACUUAUUGUAACUAUGUGCGGCUUAGUUUUGACCCCUUAUUUCUUGAGGAAUAAAGCUAUUGACGGUAUGGUAUAUGAAGAACCGUUAAUAGUUCAGAAGAAUACGGACUAUAAAAUAAUCCGAAAUAAAAGAUAUCGAAUUGUUUACAUUCCUCACCAACUUGGAUCUAUAGUACCUUUAGUAGUACUUAUACAUGGAAUCGGUGGCCAGGUUGCACAGUGGGAAUAUCAGUUAGAAUAUUUUUCUUCCACUGCAAAUGUAUUGGCUAUUGAUUUAUUAGGAUGUGGAAAAAGUUAUAUUUCAAAAAGAUCGGAUGAUUACAAAACAGAAUCUUUGGUCGAUGAUCUGGAAGAACUUUUGAAACUUUAUCCUAGUGAAACUAUGGUAUUCGUUUGUCAUUCAUAUGGUUGUUGCCUAGGUACAUUCUUAUAUCAACGAUUCAAAAGUACUGUUAAAGCUAUAACAUUCGUUUCGGUUAAAGCUGAUAUAAGUGAAAAAGAAUUAUUACAACGAAAAAAAAUUCAAUCCUACCCUGAUAUAUUUUUUGAUGCUUUCCGC